UUUACCUGCAGGCGCGAGCCUCGUUCGUCCGAGACGUAUCGUAUCCUGUCUUGUCGCUGACGCGCACUUGGGAGCGCGCAUUGGAAGCUGGCGUGAUAAGAAGCGGAGGAGAAUCCGGAUGCUCGGCACAUCCAGAGGAGCGAACCACAGAGGUGCUGCUGUUGCUGCGCUGUGUUUGUGUCCUGUGUGAAGCCAUAUGACCGACGUGCUGCCCAAACCCCAAACAAAAUCAAAGGAAAACAACGACAAAUAAUCAACAGGUGGAGCGUUGUACUGGACAGAUAAUGACUUUCUCCUGGACUCUGCUGAUGGUCCUCUUGUUUGCCAUCCUGGCAUUGUCACACAGCUCUGAGCCUGGAGCUCCUCAAGGCAAGAGGAGAAAAGGACAGUCCUCAGGGGGUGGCAGCAAUGCCCUACAAUACCCUCCACAAGCUCUGCAGCGUCACGGUUAUAGCAGAGACCUCGGAGGGCAAGGCAGCCAGAGGGCCCGCCCCGCUAAAGUUGGAGCUGUGCUUCUCUCUCAUCGAGCUCUGCAUCCCCUGGCCCGGCCGGAGGAUGAUGGGACUGGCCUGGAGGGUUUGAGCCCUGUGAGAGUGGAGAUGGGCCCCAGCAGGGAGAGGGACAGAGCUCGAAUGGGUUUGAAGAGUCCAUUUGAAAGUCGGGAAAAUCAGCUUCUGGGGACACGUAAAGGAAGGGGACAUGAGAGCAGGCAUGGGCACCACUUUGAGCAAAGAAGGCAAGCAAACCGACGUGACAAGGGGCGCCACAGAAAAGGGUUUCCUCCAGAGCCUGAGUUGAGCUCUGUAUCCAAGGACAGCGACCAAUUCGAGGAUCCUCCCCCCUCCUUGUCCUCAUCAUCCACCUCCCCCUCCUUUGGCCUGACCCCACCCAGUGAUCCCCCCUCCCCCAUCAUUAGUGUCUUUGGAUCUGGCUCCUCCAUGGUUACCACGGUGACGAAUGAGCAUCCCCCAACGGUGCCCCCAGCCUCCACCAAACCCCAGAGGUCUGGACGAGGACAAGGACAAGGGGAGGUGAUGCCAACGUUGGACAUGGCGCUCUUUGACUGGACAGACUACGAAGAUAUGAAACCUGUGGACACCUGGCCGUCCUCCAGGAAGAAGGACAAAAGGCGAAGUAAGAACCUCAGCAGUGGAAACGUAACGGCAGAUAUCGAUGCAAUUGAACCGUGUGACCACCACCUUGACUGUCUCCCAGGAUCUUGUUGUGACCUGAGACAACAUGAGUGCAAACCUCACAACAGAGGGCUCAAUAACAAAUGCUACGACGACUGCAUGUGUGAGGAAGGGUUUCGUUGUUAUGCUAAAUUCCACCGAAAGCGCCGCGUAACCAGGAGGAGGGGCCGCUGCGUGGUACCAGAGUCAGUCAGCAGUGACCAAGGAGGCUUCAUUACUAUAUAAAAUUGAGGAGGAAGAACAAAAACAUGAAGAAUGAGCACAUGAUCACUCAUGACUGGAUAGCCAUAACACUGCUAACAGACUAAGUGCUUAAAGGUGGUGCCGUACUUUUGUUUUCCCUUUUAAUCAUUCCCACAAUAUUAAUCACUUAAAGGUGAACAUCUGGUCAUUUAACCCAAAAUGUCCCGAGCAUAAACUUAAAAUUGUGUUUGGAUGUUUCAUUAAGGUUUGAGCCAUACAUCCUAAUCCAUCAAAUCGUCAUCUUUAAGCACUUAAUUUAACUGUUAAAUACUGCAGAAUCUGUGUGUUUUAAAUCAGUUUUGUUCUUCAAAGUGUCUCUACAUGAAGAUGGGCUUUCCAAACUUGUACCAACCCACCAGUUCUUAAAAACUGUGUUAUCAUACAUCAUUGUUUGAGCAGAUUUGCUUAGCAGUUGACUUGUCACUGAGUUAAAUUUGUAGAUAUCACACAGAUUGGGUGUUAAUUAGUAUCACAAAUAUGGAUACUGAUAGUGUAGUUUAAUUUUAAGAAAAAGCUUUUCUUUUUAUAAUAUUUCAUUGCCCCACAGUAGGGCUGUGGUAAAAAAAAUAUCACAGUAUUAUUUUUUAUUUUGAUUCUGUUAAUACCAUCAAUUUCAAAAAGCAUACAAAUACUGAUAAACUGAGUUUUGUAUCAACUACUUUGGCAGUUUGGAAAGAGUUAAGUUAAUCUGAGUUAAGUUGAGUUGAGUUUCGCUCUCACCCCCUCUUUUGUUUCCCUUUUUGCCUGAAUUCAUUCCCUCCUAUGUCUCUGCUCAAUUGCCUUCCUCAGUUGGUAGGUCACUGUAUUUAUUUUAGUUCUUUUAUCGUUUUUUUUUUUUUUUUUUCUUCUUCUUCUUCUUUUUCCCCUUUUUGUUUGCUUGGAAGAUUGCAGCCAGCAUAGAGGCACAUUAGUGCCAAUUAGUGGAGUGGGGUGUGCUGAAGGACAUGCAGCUGGCUCUGUAGAUCAACUGAAAAUGUCUUGUGCUCAUUGCCAAGUAGAUGUAAAUUAAAUCGCAAUCUAAUUUUGACAUUGCUUUAGCUCCAGCCCUACCUCAGAGUCUCUACUAUUAUGAUAUUUUUACCAUUAACUGAUCCUUGUUACUGAUAAAAUAAUUUCUAAUGUUUUCUUUAUUUUUGGAGUCCCAGAUAAGUGUCUCUUACCGCUUCAAAGCUGGUAAAGUUGGCUUUCAUAGGCUUUCACUGGAUUAUGUCAAUAUACUGUCACAUCAAGUUUAUGGCCUCUGUGCUGAGCUGGUUCUCCAACUGAUUAAACUUAUUUCUAAAUGCAUCCAUCUGCUGAUCUGCACUGUAAACAUGAGUUUCUAUCAAAUACCUACAACAUUUUUUGAUUGAUGCUGUUUUUCAGAUAAUAGUAUGAAAAACAAUAAUGUCUGUUGGCCUUUCAUCUUACAUAUCCUAAUAUAUGUUUUAUUUAUUCUGUAUUCAAGUAUGUUUCUGUUCAUUGUGUUUUUUCUGCCUUUUCUGUUU